AUGAGCAGUCCAAAGAGGCGGAUCGAGACGGAUGUACGUACUCUGGCUCAAAAGAGUAUUGCACCAGAAAGACUGAAGGCUGACGUGGUCUUAUUUCGUAAUUCACAGGUCAUGAAGAUGUUGAUGAGCGACUAUGAAGUGACUUUAGUCAAUGACAAUAUGCAAGAAUUCUAUGUACGAUUCAAGGGCCCAACAGAAACCCCUUUCGAAGGAGGCAACUGGAAGAUACAUGUCGAACUACCCGAUCAAUACCCAUUUAAGAGCCCAAGUAUAGGCUUCGUCAACCGCAUCUUCCACCCGAAUAUCGAUGAGAUAUCUGGGUCAGUCUGCUUAGACGUCAUCAAUCAGACUUGGUCGCCAAUGUUUGAUAUGAUCAACAUUUUUGAAGUGUUCCUCCCACAACUACUGCGAUACCCCAACCCCACGGACCCUCUGAAUGGCGAAGCUGCGGCGCUGCUGAUGCGAGAUCCUAAGACCUACGAACUCAAGGUCAAAGAUUACGUCGCGAAGCAUGCAACAAAAGAAGCAGCAGAUGAAGUGGGCGAAGAUGAUGGGGAUGACGACGAGAUGAGCUCGGUGGGUAGCUUCGAUGAUGAAGAGGAUGAUCCGGUAGGUCAGAUGGAUAUAUGA